AUGUUUUGUUCACAUGAAAAGCUAAACCUAUCUAUAGACAAUAAAACUUCAGUUAUUCUCUUCCCACAUCCAUAUUUUGAAGUUACGGGUAUUCUUCACCAACCCAAGUUAACGUUGUUCAUCUCCUUUGCUAUUUUGGUUCUUCAACACUCGAACGAUGCGGCGGCACAACGAGCACUUUUCGUGUUCGGAGACUCAUUGGUCGAUGUUGGCAACAACAAUUUCCUCAACUCGAUUGCCAAAUCUAACUAUUUUCCUUAUGGCAUUGAUUUCAAUAUGCAGCCUACAGGAAGGUUUUCUAAUGGGAAGACCUUUGUUGACAUCAUUGGAGAGAUGUUGAGUCUCCCUUAUCCUUCAGCCUUUGCUGAUCCCAACACAAGAGGAGUUAAAUUACUUGGAGGAGUGAAUUAUGCUUCAGCUGCUGCUGGUAUUCUUGAUGAGAGUGGCCAACAUUAUGGGCAAAGGUAUAUCCUAAGUCAAGAAGUGCUGAAUUUCGAAACAACAUUGGAUCAACUACGAACGAUGAUGGGGAGAGAUAAUUUGAAAAAUUUCCUGGGCAAAUCAGUAGCAGUUUUGGUGUUUGGGAGCAACGAUUACAUCAACAAUUACCUCUUGCCUUCCAUCAACUCUUCCAGCUUCACUUAUUGA